AUGGCCUCCUUGAAUAGCUUCCUUUUGCUCUCACUGCUAUCACUACUUGCUUGCGCUGCCCGAGGGCAGCUUUCACCAAUGUUCUACGCAAGGAGCUGCCCAAAUGUACAAAGCAUCGUGCGCUUGGCCAUGGCACAGGCCGUAAUUAGGGAGCCAAGAAUGGGCGCAUCCAUCCUUCGGCUCUUCUUCCACGACUGUUUUGUAAAUGGCUGCGACGGAUCGAUCCUUCUCGAUGAUACAGCAACGUUCACCGGUGAGAAGAACGCUUUCCCAAACCGAAACUCCGUCCGUGGAUUCGAAGUCAUCGAUACCAUCAAAGCCAGUGUCGAAGCUGCCUGCAAAGCCACCGUCUCAUGCGCUGACAUCCUCGCUCUCGCCGCUCGCGAUGGAGUCAACUUGCUCGGCGGGCCAACUUGGACGGUGCAACUGGGCAGGAGGGAUGCAACAACGGCGAGCCAGAGCGCGGCCAACAGCAACCUCCCCGGUCCCGGGUCCAGCCUCUCCACGCUCAUCUCCAUGUUCGCCGCCCACGGCCUCAGCGCUCAAGAGAUGACCGCGCUCUCCGGGGCCCACACCAUCGGCGAAGCUCAAUGCACCAACUUCCGCGCCCACAUCUACGACGACACCAACAUCAACCCCAGCUUUGCGUCCUUAAGGAAGCAGAACUGCCCGGCCUCGGGUGGCGACAGCAACCUCGCGCUGCUGGAUGUCCAGAUCCCGUACCGGUUCGACAAUGACUACUACCAGAACCUUGUGGCCCAGCGGGGGCUGCUGCACUCGGACCAGGAGCUCUUCAACGGUGGAUCGCAGGACGCGCUGGUCCGGCAAUACAGCACCUACGCUGAGUUGUUUGAGAGGGACUUCGCCCAGGCAAUGGUGAAGAUGGGGAGCAUCAGCCCGCUGACCGGGACCAGUGGGGAGAUCAGGUUGAACUGCAGGAAGGGCCUCAGCGCUCAAGAGAUGACCGCGCUCUCCGGUGCCCACACCAUCGGCCAGGCUCAAUGCAAGAACUUCCGCGCCCACAUCUACAACGACACCGACAUCAAUCCCAGCUUUGCGGCCUUAAGAAAGCGGAACUGCCCGGCCUCGGGCGGCGACACCAACCUCGCGCCGCUGGAUGUCCGGACCCCGAAUCGGUUCGGCAACGACUACUACCAGAACCUUGUGGCCCAGCGGGGGCUGCUGCACUCGGACCAGGAGCUCUUCAACGGUGGGUCGCAGGACGCGCUGGUCAGGCAGUACAGCACCAACGCUGCGUUGUUUGCGAGCGACUUCGCUGGGGCGAUGGUGAAGAUGGGGAGCAUCAGCCCGCUGACGGGGACCAGCGGGGAGAUCAGAUUGAACUGCAGGAAGGUCAACGGAUGACGGUUGGGGCGGGCCGUCGUUGACCCUCCGGGUCAAAAUUAGUGCGCUUUGCGCAAACCAUGUUAUCCACGAUAAAAAAAAAAUAUCAAAUUGAGGCUGAAGCCAUGCAACGAUAAAAUAGACGGCUUUUCUCGUGUUUCUUUAAAACAAGAACACGAAAUCAUGAUUUGCAUAAUAUAUAUUUCCACCAAUUUCAAGCAUGAAAAGAAGUGGUAGUUAAUGAA